UUUUAAGCAGAAGCAGUUCAAGGGUUUCUUCGACAAGGAAACGUUUGGCACAUACUAAUACUUGUAUUCAAUUUCGUACUAAAACAUCGAAAUCCUCUAUUGGCCUAUUCUUCGAACUGCUUCAGAGUUUAGUUCUAAGCCGGCAUCGAAGAAGAUCACAUCCCAUUCGAACGCGCUAAUGUUAUCAUUUGUCAAAGACUAUCCAAUGACCCUAAAAACAGCAUGUCACCGUAUUUCAUCACUAUUUUGAUCGUGUUUCUCGCGAUCGGUACUCUGCAAGCGGGCGUCGUUCGUCGAGUGGCGUCACCCUCGUCGACAUCACCGUCGCCGGCGUCGUCUUCAUCCAACGAGCUGCGGACGGAUGCAGAACAGAAGGCUAAAGUACUGGUAGAACGAUGUGAAAAGCACUACCAGGAGGCAAAAGCCAAGCAAGCUCAUGCAGCCUGGGCCUACGCGUCCAACAUAACCGAGCCGAACCUGAUGCAAAAAGUCAAAGCAGCAACCGAAUUUGCUGCCGUCGCAAAGUUUGUUGCUCAAGAUCUGCGUCAUCAUGACUAUCGGACGUUCCGAGAUGAAGAUUUGAAGCGUCGUUUCAAGGAAUUGACGAAGUUGGACUAUGCCGCUUUGCCGGAGAAUCAGUUCAAGGAACUGUUUGCCGCCGUCUCCAGUAUGGAAUCGAACUACGCGAAAGUGAAGAUUUGCUCGUACAAGGAUAAAACCAACUGUCAUCUGACGUUGGAUCCUGAGCUGACGGAAAUUUUCGCCACCAGUCAAGAUCCGGAGGAGUUGGAAUACUACUGGGUAAAGUGGCACGAUAAAGCCGGAAAGCCUUCGAAAGCGUCAUUCCAGAAGUAUGUUGAACUGAAUAAGGAGUCAGCUAAACUAAAUGGUUUUAACAACGGAGCUGAUGUGUGGCUAGCAGAGUACGACGAUCCGACCUUCGAACAGCAGGUGCAGGAUGUGAUCACCAAGAUUCGACCGCUAUAUGAGCAAAUUCAUGCGUACGUUCGUUUUAAACUGCGAGAAAAAUAUGGAUCCAAUGUGGUUUCCGCCAAAGGACCGAUUCCAAUACAUCUACUCGGAAAUAUGUGGGGACAAACAUGGGAUAAUAUUGUCAACUUUACGACUCCCUUCCCGGAGAAGAAACUCUUGGACGUGACCGAAGAAAUGGUGAAACAAGGCUACACUCCGAUAAAAAUGUUUCAGAUGGGAGAUGAUUUCUUCCAAUCUCUGAAUAUGACAAAACUACCGCAAACAUUCUGGGACAAAAGCAUCCUUGAGAAACCAACGGACGGACGGGAUCUGGUAUGCCAUGCCAGCGCUUGGGACUUUUUCGCAACGGAUGACGUUCGCAUUAAGCAGUGCACUCGGGUUAACAUGCGUGAAUUCUUCGUCGUUCAUCACGAGCUUGGUCAUAUCCAGUACUAUCUUCAAUAUCAACAUCAACCGAUCGAAUACCGUAGCGGAGCAAAUCCGGGUUUCCACGAAGCCGUAGGUGAUGUUCUUUCGCUGUCGGUGUCAACACCAAAACAUCUGAAACGGGUCGGAUUGCUGAAUGACUACGAGGAAGACGAACAAGUGAAGAUCAAUCAAUUCUACCAAUCGGGUGUCACUAAGUUGGUUUUCCUUCCGUUUGCUUACACCAUGGAUAAAUACCGAUGGAGCAUCUUCCGGGGUGAGAUCAAACCGGGAGAGUACAAUUGUCGCUUUUGGCAGUUGCGUAACCAAUUCUCCGGGGUUGAGCCUCCGGUCGUACGCACAGAGCAGGACUUUGAUCCCCCAGCCAAGUACCACGUUUCGGCUGACGUCGAAUAUCUCCGCUAUUUCGUUUCCUACGUAAUCCAAUUCCAGUUCCACAAAGCCGCUUGCAAACUAGCCGGGGAGUACGUUCCUGGUGAUCCAGAGAAAACACUGAACAAUUGCGACAUCUAUCAAAGCACGGAGGCGGGAAAUAAAUUGAAGGAAAUGCUUUCCCUUGGGGGUUCAAAACCAUGGCCGGACGCGAUGGAGAUACUGACGGGAGAACGUAAAAUGAACGCCGACGCCAUCUUGGAGUACUUCAAGCCGCUGUAUGAUUGGCUGAGCCAGGAAAACAAGCGACUUGGAGCACACGUUGGUUGGACUGAAUCCGACAAAUGCAUUACUAGCAAGUUCGAUUUUAUGCAUGGUAGAAAAUGAUUCCAGCUGGACUUUCAUCAACGAACACAGUUAUUUUAGAAUUGACUUUUUAUUAAUUGCGUGUUAUUUUUUUACAAAUAAAUGUUAAAAAACUCAAUUGGGAUUAGA